CUGCCCCUCAACGCGAAAAGCCCGCGCAACGCCCCACGUUGGUGCCAUUACCGGCCCUCCUGCCAUGUGAUAACCCCCUACAUUCCUUCCAUCACUCCCCUUUCCCUUGCAGCAUCAUGCAGGAUCCAAUGAAUGAUAGGUCCUUCAUCGGUGGCUCCUCGGAAGGCCGCUCGAACCCCCGUUGUCAGCGCCGGUGCGAGAUUAUCCGACUCUCCGGCAGCUCGGGGCCGACACCGGCACCUCACUCCCGGACCCCCCUCUCUGCAAGGGCCCAUUUUAAAACGGCACAAUGGCUGCCGAAGGGUGCGGCCAGGGAGGAUGAUCGACAGCGCGGGCCAAGACCAGUUAGCGGGGCCGAAUGUCGCCUUCGUCCUCGUCUCCUUCUCUUGUGAACCAAAGGGGUCCAAAAGUUGUUCUCUGCCCCAACCCGUGGUCGAGGUUGUCUAACUUGGUCUAUCGUUCGAACUCUCCGUCUAGCGCCCGGUCAAACCUCAUACUCUACUCCUCGUCACCGUCUCGCACAGCCGUCACUAUGGGGUCGACAUUGCCCAUCGCGCUCCCCGCGCUCAAGACGAACCCCAAGUUCAUCUUCUUCACCGACUUUGACGGUACCAUCACCAACCAAGACAGCAAUGACUACAUGACGGACAACCUCGGCUUCGGCACCGAGCUGCGCAAGAAGGGCAACCAGGACGUGCUGUACGGGCGCCGCGACUUCCGCGACUCGUUCCAGGAAAUGCUCGACAGCGUCAAGACGCCCUUCAACGAGUGCGUCGACAUCCUGCGCAAGAACAUCACCCUCGACCCGGGCUUCAAGUCCUUCUUCGAGUGGGCGCGCGAGAACAACGUGCCCAUCGUGGUCUUGAGCGGCGGCAUGAAGCCCAUCAUCCGCGCGCUGCUCGCGCACUUGAUCGGCGAGGAGGCCGUGGAUUCCAUUCAGAUUGUGAGCAACGACGUUGCGCCGAGAGAGGGAAAGAGCAUCAACGAGGAAGGAGGGUGGAAGAUUGUCUUCCAUGACGACAGCGGGUUCGGCCAUGACAAGUCCCUCGAGAUCCGCCCCUAUGCCCGGCUUCCGGCAGAAGAGAGGCCGGUCCUCUUCUACGCCGGCGACGGUGUGUCCGACUUGUCGGCCGCUAAGGAGACGGACCUGCUGUUUGCCAAGGCGGGGCGUGAUCUCGUCACUUACUGUGAGAACGAGAAGGUCCCCUUCAGAACGUUCCACGACUUUUCCGACAUCCACAAGACCGUCAAGGACAUCGUCGAAGGGAAGCUGACCGUUGCGGAGGCUGCCGUUGGCAGGAAGUGAGCUACAUCACCCGUGCGGGCUCACGGGCAAGACAACUAGUUUCACAUCCAAGAUAGAGCGAUAGACGAUAGACG